UAAAAAAGCACGAAUAAACACGGUUACACAUAUUUUUGCAAUACACGGAUGUUUUAAAAACCGACCAAAGAAAUAACGAAGAUUAUGGCACUAUUUGAUGUAAUGUGUGCUGUAUUUUUACUCUUGGUAGAGGUGUAUGCCCAUCAAUGUAAAAUAACUGAUGUGAAAGGAUAUAAAAAGGCCGAUUGUCGAAGGUUGCAAUUAAAGACAAUACCGUCAGAUAUAUCGAGAGAUAUAGACGUGCUAGAUUUGCGCGAUAAUGAUCUAAGCGUAUUGAAAAACGAUUCUUUCGAAAAUUUUGACAACUUGAAAGAAUUACUAGUAAGUAACAAUAACAUAAGUCGUAUCGAAAAGCAAGUAUUUCAUGAACUGAAACAGCUGAAAGUUUUAGAUAUGUCGGAAAAUAAUAUCGAGGGGAUUUCAGACCAGUUCGAUCAAAAUAUGUUUCAGAAUUCAAGCAAUCUCUACAAGCUGGACAUUCGCCGGAAUAUGAAAGACGCAAAAAGAAAUCAGAGUGUUUAUACUUACCCAGGAGCUGCGUUAUCAUUGCUUGUUAAUUUAAAAUUCUUAUAUUUAGACCUCGUUCCGCAACCAGAAUUUGGACCAGAAUUUGAAAGCCUGGUAAAGUUAGAAGUGUUGGGAUUUGAUUAUUGUUUCCUAGCAGCAAUGACAAAUGACACGUUCAAAUACUUUAAAAUGAAAGUACGGGAAUUACAUUUAAUGCGAUGCCAUGAUGUGCUAGGUGCUAAGGUACAAUACGGUUUUCUUCAAUAUUUUAAACAUUUAAAGGUGCUUAAUUUAGCGGAUACUCAUAUUCAUUUAACACGAGCACUUCAUUUAUUACAUUCUUUGAAUAAUUCAACCAUGGAUGUGAUCAACUUGCAACGAGUAAGCGAUGAGCUUUUAGAAUCUAGCAUGCUUCCCUACGCACUCGUUCUUACAAGUGAGAUGAUGAAAAAUAUCAGGACAAUUUGUGUCAAGACAUUAAAUCUUGCAGAUAAUGGUAUUGUAGAUUUUCGCGAUAAUUCGUUAUUUUCGUAUGACCACCCAGAAUGUUUUGAAAAUAUGGUACUUUCUGGAAACAGGUUCACUUUCCAUACUGCACGAAAAAGACAUGAGCUCCUUGUACUGGUUUUUAAAUUACGAAAUAUUGUUCUGUUUGAUUUGUCAUACAACCCGAUACAUUAUAUCAACGAAAAAUACUUACGCAUUCCGAAUGGCAACAAAACCUUCAAUUACGAGGCCACCGAGUGUUUCGGUGAGGAUGAAGUGAAACUAAAUAUUAGUAUAUAUAUAUACCUUCCUCCAAAAUUGAAAAUAUUGAGAUUUUCACAUUUCGUAAGAGAAAGCUGUGGCAGAGGUAUAAUAGUUAGAAAUGGUGCGUCUUUAGAGAAACUUGAUAUGUCAUAUUUUCAGUUUCAGAGAUUUCCAGAUCUAAUUAUAGAAGGAGAGAAUAAUUUAAAAUGGCUUAAUAUGUCUGGGAUAGAUUCGUCUUUGUAUUUACAUAAGAAUUGUGUACCACUGUUUACAAAUGUUGAAGAGGCAUUUUUCAGAUAUGCGGAACUCGGAAAAAAUGAGACAAUUGCUAAGCAUCUAUUUACACUAAUACCUUCAGUACAUGUUCUAGAUAUAUCAUAUAACAGUUUGUUGACACUACCAAAUGAUUCAUUUGUUCAAAAUAUAAAAUUAAGGGAACUGGACUUAUCACAUAACGUUUUGCACAAAGUCCCCGCCGCAAUAUUGGAAAUAAAACAAUUGAGAAAAUUAAACUUGAAGAACAAUAAUCUAGUGACUAUCAGUAAAUCUAUAACAGAUUGGUUCGAUUCUUUAUCUCGAAAGCAAGACAUUAUUCUUUUGUUGGCUGGAAACGUCUUUUCCUGCUCGUGUGAAAAUAUACAGUUUAUCAGUUGGUUAUUUAACACUAACGUACACUUAGACCCCGACGAUCAAAACAUUUCGAACAAAAACUAUUCGUGUAGAUUAUCAAAUGGUGACAUAAAAGGCACUUCUGAAAUAUACGAUCACUACCAUGAUUUAUAUUCUGACUGUAAUGCUGCAAUAUGGUUACGAUUUGGUAUAUCUCUACUGGUAACAUUUACCGUAUUUGCUUUUAUAUUCGCGGUUAUCUUCAACUUCCGCUGGCGCAUAGCAUACUACAUCUAUCGAACAUUCCAAACUGUAAUCGAAUCCGAAAUGAAUUUGAAUUUUACCUAUGAUGCAUACGUUUCUUAUUCGGAUGAUGCCAGAGACUGGGUUCACCAGGACUUAGUACAUAAAAUAGAAGGCAAAUGGGGACUUAAAUUAUUCAUCGAAGACCGUGAUCUUCUUGGUGGACAGUCGUAUGUAGAUUCCAUUGCUAAAUCAAUCGGAUCUUGUCGACAAGUUAUAUUUGUAUUGACACCGGGGCUACUCGAGAGACAGUGGAUCAUGUACGAAAUAGAAAGAGCAAAGUAUGAAAAAGUGUGUAAACAUGUUCAGAUUACUGUUUUAAACCUUGGAGUUGCUGUAAACGAGGUGCCUGCUGAGUUUAAAUCUAUCUGGCAUAGUGUUUGUUUGAUUGAAUGGUCGGAAGACCAACAUUCUUCUGAUAACCCCUGGCACAAAUUAAAACUGCGUUUGGUUUUGAAUAGAUAAUUUGUUCUAGCAGUAAUAAUGUUAUUUUCUCUCUUAUUGCUGUGAUCUGUUUUCAGAUAUUUUCAUUAAAAGUAGGAGAAUAUGAUUUUUAUCUCCAGUUUAUAAGUACACAUGUUAUUCCGUGUUCUUCCAAUAACCAUUGUUUGGAUAAAGAUGUUCAAAAUUACAAUAUGUACAAAGCUUUUGAUAAAAGACAAUAUUAUUUGUAUGAAAAGUCAUAUUGACUGGAUAUAUUUUAAACAUUGAUCUGUAAGAUUUAAAGCUUCAAAAUAAAAUAACUUGUUUAUAACUCUUU